CAGGUUCUCCGUGUCCACUAAACCAAAAGUGGAGAUGGUGCCGCUGAGCACGGUCAGCCUCAUUCUCCACAACGCUAAGCGGCCGAAGGUCUUUCGGCCUGUAAGCUCCGACUAGUAGACGUCGGGUUGAUCAACGGCCCUUUUAUCACGUAGUUUCUCUUUCUUUCUCUACAACCUUGGCCAAUCCUUCCUUCUAUAAACCCGCCACCUUUUAAGUUGGGGGAACAUCGCCGCAGCUCAGCCUUCCCCUUUGAAGUACUCAACUACGACAAAUCAAUCAAGCUUGAAUUCGCGGGAGCGCGUCAAGCAUCUCGCGAUCAGCUUCCUCAUCCUCACCCCUCCACCAUACGAGCGCACGCCGUCGCAGAUCAAGUCCAGAACGGAAGCGCUAUGGACUACGAUAUCAACAUGGACGAUGUCGCCGACGGCUUUGCACCUCCGACAGCGAUGAUUGGUGACGGCAUAAACAUCGCACAACCCGCCACAGCGCCGUCUCCCUCGAACGAACGCGACCUCGAAGAUUCUACCAUAGUACGUAACAAGGUACACAUUCGAGGUCUGGACACAUUGACCACGGAUGAUAUCAAAAACUACGUGAAGAGUCAUUUUGGUACUCCAGAGAGAGUUGAGUGGAUCGAUGACGAAUCCGCAAACCUGCUUUUUGGGUCGGAAAGUACGGCACAAGAGGCUCUGGCAGCAUUGAGCGCCAUUGAAAUUGCCGACGUAACCCAAUUGCCUCCUAAGGAGACGAUUCCAGCCAAGGCCGUCGCAUCCCACCCAGACGUCAAUCUUCAAAUUCGAUUUGCCGUUGUUUCCGACAAGAAGAUACGAGGCGCUGCUGAGCGAAGCCGGUUCUACCUUCUCCACCCCGAAUUCGAUCCGGAGGAGAGAAGACGACGUGAGGGAAACAGAAACAGAUAUCGCAAUCGGGACGGAGAUGAUCGUCGCCGCAAUGGCCGUGGAAGAAGUCAACGCGACCGAGACUCAAGCCCUGAGGUGUUCCAUGCGAGCAUGUAUGAUGACGAUGAGGACACACUGGCAGACCGCAGACCAGCACGCCACCCGAGAUCUCGCUCAAGAGAUUCGACGCCGCGUGGCGAGCGAUCUUAUGCGUCUCGCAAUCAGGAAAAGGAGCUGUUCCCUGGGCGGUCAUCACGAGCAGGAAACCGGCAACGAAAUCGUUCCGCUUCACCUAUGCGGGAUCUGGAUGGUGACGCAGCAAUGGACGUUGAGGUAGCACGCGCGUCGAGGGCCAGCAAUCGAAACAAUAGGGAAAGGGCAUCAGGCAUCAGGGAUCGUCUAGCUGAAGACAACAAAUCCAAGGAACUGUUUCCCAUAAAGGGCUCAUCGAUGGGCAAGACGCAUAUGGACAGGGUCAUGGACGGCGCGGACGAAGCCACGCGAAUCAUGCAGCAGAAGAUGAGCGUGAGCAACGACCGUCAUGGCAGGAAGGACCUAUUCGAUCGGGACAGAGUCGAUAAUGCAGGUUCCAGUGCUGGAUUCUCUAUCAAGGGCGCGGCGGGUGCGAACGUCAAGGAGCUGUUCCCGAGCCGCUUUGGAGGUGGUGGCAAUACCGGAAAAGAGCUAUUCGCUGACAAGUUAGAGGGCCGUGGCCGUCGGCGACAGAAAGCAGAGGACCUGUUUUCGUAGCGCGUCAAUACCUGGAGUGCGUAUGCAAUCAUCUUGGUGGUUGGCAAGAUGAAGGAGACUAUCUUUACGACGAGUUUGGGAACACAGCCGACGGCGCACGCUGUUCAUUUAAAUACCAUAGAAGUCUGAACUUUCGCCAUGGGCUAGCGCGAUAGAAGGUGAACUUCUUCAUAGCAACUGCUGCGUUCAGGCUGGGCAUUGUGUGUUGAAUCAUUGUUCUAUAGCCGCGUAUAUCGUCCUUCGUCACAUUCUUCGUAGUUUCCAGAGGGAGUUGAAAGGAUUCUGGGAUGGCUGUCCAACUAGAAUACUCUUACGGCUGAGUAGGGAGGCAAGAGCUGUGUCGGUAAACUUUCAGGCCAUUGAGGUCUUGUUGGGCAGCUACUCUUGUGCAUUCAUCCCGGAGAACAGAAUACCGGGGCGGAAGCAGCUCCUGGCCUUGCUCGAAGUUCCCGUAUCAUGUAGCAACUGAGGAAGGCACGCCUAGUCUGAUGUACUCGCAACUUCCAAUCGGUCGAACGCGCCUGACUUCGACCCCUCGCCUGCCCUUGCUCGUUCCUUCCUCCCAUCCGCGUACAUGGCGAUAUCUCAUUCAAACUUCACCUUCAUACCUCACCCGCCCUUCACCUCAAUCAAUCACCCACGGUGAUUUUCACACAGAACCCGACCUCUCCCCUACUCUCUCAUCUCAAUAGGGUCA